AAAUAAAUAUUGUUAAAUACCAAUAAAUACAAACGGAAACAGAAACGAAAAAAAGUGGACGAGCGAGUGCAAGUGCAAAGCAUUUAGUGAAAGCCAACACGAAAACAGCCGCAAAAAGUGAAAAUAUCACAAGUUGAUGCAAUCGCAAAAGUGAACUGAACGAUAAACACAGCAAAAGUAAAAUAAAAAUAAAAACAAAAGGCACCCAUUUCUGCAAGUGUUUCUCAAUUAUUUGGUCUGCAGCUGAGACAAAUGAUGGCCUAAAAUGGCGGCUACACCACCAAUGCCGCCCGGAGCAAAUAAUUUCCAAUUAAAUGGCAAUUCUCCAGAACAGCAGCAGCAGCAGCAACAAGAAGAGAAUAAAACCAGCAACAAGAGUAUCAGCAACAACAACAACAAUAAUAAAACGCCCAACAUAGCCGAGGCACUGCAUCAAUCGUUUCAAUUCAAGGCACUGCUCAACGCCGACGAGAAACAGGAGAGGGACACCAAUAGCAAUAUCAACAGCGAUAGCAAUAGCAACAGCAACAGCGAUGAGCAAUCGAAAUCCAGACUCAGCUGUGCAUGCACAAAUAUUAGUAUUAUGCAUCUGUUCCACGAGAUGAAGCAGGAGUUUCCCACGCUGCCCGAUGCUCUAGUGACGCAGUGCGUCAAUGAGAAUUGCCAUCAGCGUGACAAUUGCAUACAGAUGUUGCGCAAGGAACUCAGUCUGCAUCCAUCACCGGUGCAAUCGUAUCCCGCCAAGGUCGUACAACAGCAACAGCAUCUCCAGCAGCGUCCACUGAAACCGCUACGCGCCGCGCCCGCAACGCCGCCAACGGCGACACCAACGACGCCAAAAGCAACGCCAAUAACAACGCCAACGACUCCGACGCCGCCGAUGCCGCCAACUGCCCGUCCGCGUCCCACCACACUAAAUCUGCAACGUCAGAUCAAUGCACAGUUGCAGCAGAAGCUACAACAGAGACAACUGCAACAACAGCAGCAGCUGCAAGCGUUGACAACGCCCAACAAGCCGUUGCGUCGUGCGCCGCCGCUGCCACCGUUGCCGCCACCCAGGCCAGCAACUACAAUAGCAACGACAACAACAGCAUCUACAACAACUCCCAGCUUCUCCAAUGAUUCCUCAUGUCUCACCAGCCCGCUCAGCUCCAGCGAGUCUGAGUUAUCGCUCAACGUUUCCUUAUCAUCGCCAACGACAGCAGCACAGCAGCCGCAGCAGCAACAGCAACGGCAAAUACGCUCACCCAUUGUACGGCAUCGGUCAGAGAUUAAUUUGCAACCGGAACCGCCGUAUGCACGCGAAUUUCUAACGAAUGCCGCCGUUGCCGUUUCGCCCGUUGCCGUUUCGCCCGUUGCCGCCGUUGCCAUUUCGCCAACGACAACAACAGCAACAACACCAUCGUCCUCGGGCCAGAGCACGCCCAGCGGCAAUCCACGUAAAAGUUUCACCUCACUGAAUUUAACGUUGCGGCAACCGCUGUCGCCGCAGUGUGGCCCAAACAAUAACAACAGCAAUAACAACCACGGCAUUGCCGUUCAGCCGUCCACGAUAGACAUUACCGCCGGACCGGCAGCGAGUGGUAACGGCAGCAGCGGCAUCACCUAUUCGAGCAGCAGUUUCGAUGCCCGUCGCGGCACCCACAAGAAUUUCCAGCUAACCGUCACCGACGAGGGCAGCGUUUUCACUGCCGGCUGCGUGCGUCCCCAAACACCGCUGUAUCCACCUUGUGCCAUGCUGGCCAACGAUGUUGCAACACCACCAACAGCAGCAACAACAGCAGCACAACAGCAACAACAGCAGCUGUGGGAGCAACUGGCAACGGCUGCAACAGCCGAUAUGAAUACCCAAGUAUUUCCAUAUGCCACGCUGGCACAGAAAUAUGUUGUCGCCACCAACUACAACAACAAUCAUCUGCACAACAGCAACAACAACAAUAGCAACGACAACAGCCCCAGCGUCACGCAUAUGCCUCUCUAUGAGGGCAUCGUUCCCGAAUCCGAUCGAGCAGUGCAUGCGGCGACAAUUGAGCGGCAAAAGACGAGACGUGACAAGCUGGCAAAUGCGCUGCGUGAUAACAAGAAGCGUCUGCUUAGCCUGGAGCAGGAGAUCAAUAUUUUGACCGAACCGGUGCCCCUGGGCGAAUCCGAAAGACUGGAUAGAGAUAUCAAGAAACUGACUGAUGACUGUCAGCGGCUGCUCAACAUAAUCAAUGAUCCGCAACUGAAUGGCACUGCGAUAGACUGCGCACCCAAUUCCAAUUCCAUGAAUCGUCAGCUAUCGGCACCAGCCGGAGCACAGGUCCAGCCAUUCCAGCAGCAGCGGACAACCGGACAACUGGCGCCGCCGGCCAACGUUCAAUCACGCAAUCCGAUGCCGCCAAAUUCGUUGCGGUUGCAUUCAGUGCCGUCAACGGCGACGCAACCACAUCUCGAUUUUGUGCAACAUCAUGCAAGUAGCGUUAGUGCGCCCAGUUCCGCCUGCCUGACGCCACAGAUGCAGCAGCAACAGAUGCAGCAGCAACAGAUGCAACUGGAACCGCCACCCACCUAUGCGCAAUACUAUCAGUUUCAGCAGUUUCUGCGAAACCAGCGGCAGCAGCGGCAGCAGCAGGAUCACCAGCAUUCGUAUUACCACCAACAGCAGCCGCAUCAGCAAUGGGAGCAAGGAGCAUUGGGUGUUCCCCAGCAGCACGAGGAAGAGGAGGAGUCCCUGUCCGAAUCGGAAGUUGACGAAGGCGAGGAGCCACUGGAUAUGUGGGCCUGCAACUUGUGUACAUUCCGCAAUCAUCCGCAAUUGAAUAUUUGCGAAGCCUGUGACAAUGUUAGGAUCCAGCCGGGUAUGAUACGCAUUUUGCAUAGCGAAGCCGCUGCCACGCCCUCGCCAACACCUACGCCUACAAUGGCAGCCACAGCAGCAGCUGCAGCUUUGCACACGUGAUCAAUACUGAUGAUCGCUGGCAUGCCCAUUGUUUAUAUAUAUAUAUGCUAUUUAUAAGCUACAUACAUACACAGAUACA